AUCAAAAUAAAGGAAAAGUCAGGAAAUAUGUACAUUGUUUUAAAAAGAUAGUUUGGAUGGGAUGUAAAAAAAAAACAUAGCAGAGAAAAUGUUAUAUUAGGAAAUAACUGAUGUGGGACUUGUGGGUAACGUGCUUAAAUAGCUGCAACGCCCCUGUUUGGUACUCGUGGUGAACAUUUCUUCCAGCGUGCAAGUAUUGGGCUCCGUCGCUCAUGGGAACGAGACGAGUGCCUUCACCGCCGCCAGCAUCAUCAUCAGCAUCAUCAUCAUCAGCGGCGGCGGUGGCUGAAGCUUUCUCGUCCAGCCUCUCUUCAAUAUGCGCUCCUGCACAAUCAGACCAGAGAACCAGUGUUGGACGGGGAAGCGAUGUUAGCCCAUAUUUUCCAUCUGAGCUGUUGACUCAAAGCGCCCCCCCCCCCCCCCCAUCCUUUCUCCCAACCGACUUUUCUCAUGGCUAAUCAGUGGAUUUGACUGAGAUUUGAAAGACUGUUGAUCGAGGAGGCUCUUGUUUUAUUUUUUUCCGCCGCUGCUUCUGCUGUCGUAUGCGCGUGUAAAACAUGUGGACUUUGCACAAGGCUCGCCAAUUGCGCGUCUUGUCCGCACUGGUGGUCGGGUCCAUAGUGUGUUGCGCCAAAAGUGUCAACGAGCCAGGCAACAUGUCAUUCGUGAAGGAGACGGUGGAUAAACUCCUGAAAGGGUACGACAUUCGACUGAGGCCAGACUUUGGAGGGGCCCCAGUAGCAGUCGGGAUGAGCAUAGACGUGGCCAGCAUAGACAUGGUUUCUGAAGUCAACAUGGACUACACACUGACUAUGUAUUUCCAACAGUACUGGAGGGACAAACGUCUCGCCUAUCUUGGUAUCCCACUAAACCUGACCUUGGAUAAUAGAGUAGCAGACCAGCUCUGGGUACCAGACACCUAUUUCCUGAAUGACAAAAAGUCAUUUGUUCAUGGAGUCACGGUCAAAAACCGCAUGAUCCGUCUUCAUCCAGAUGGAACCGUUCUUUAUGGCCUCAGGAUAACGACGACAGCAGCAUGCAUGAUGGAUCUCAGGAGGUAUCCCCUGGAUGAGCAGAACUGCACUCUGGAGAUAGAGAGCUAUGGCUACACCACAGACGACAUCGAGUUCUACUGGAAAGGGGGCGAGUCAGCCGUCACAGGCGUGACGCGCAUUGAAUUGCCACAGUUUUCCAUUGUUGAUUACAAGUUGGUUUCCAGAAAUGUUGUGUUUUCCACAGGUGCCUACCCUCGGCUUUCUCUAAGCUUUAAACUUAAGAGGAACAUCGGCUAUUUCAUUCUGCAGACGUACAUGCCAUCCAUCCUGAUUACCAUCCUCUCCUGGGUAUCCUUCUGGAUAAACUACGACGCCUCGGCGGCCAGGGUGGCUCUAGGAAUCACCACCGUGCUGACCAUGACUACCAUCAACACCCACUUGAGAGAGACGCUGCCCAAGAUCCCCUACGUUAAGGCCAUCGACAUGUACCUGAUGGGCUGCUUUGUCAUGGUCUUCCUUGCCCUUCUGGAGUACGCCUUUGUCAACUACAUCUUCUUUGGGAGGGGUCCUCAGAUGCAAAAAAAGCUGGCAGAGAAGGCUGAGAAAGCCAACAAUGAGAGGGAAGCCAAGUAUGACGCUGCAAGGGAGGCAGGUAGUAGGGCCGCAUCACUAAAACGGUCCAAUCAGAUUAGAGGCCUUCGCCACUCACGCUCGGCGGAACCAGGACAUGGGAACAUUCUGCUGACCACCUUGGAAAUCCAUAAUGAAGUAGCAGGAGGAGAGAUCACCACCAGCGUGGCAGACAUCAGGAACUCGCAGUCCAUGGUGCAGUUGGACAGCACGGCCUCGUCACACAUUCAGUAUCGCAAGCAGAGCGGCGGAAUCGGUCCACGUUCUGCCAGUCGUCACUCCCUGGAUCGCUCCGCUCAGAUGAAACGCAGCCGACUGCGAAGGCGGUCCUCACAGCUGAAAAUCAAAAUCCCUGACCUGACCGAUGUGAAUGCCAUUGACCGUUGGUCACGGAUCAUCUUCCCCUCAGUUUUCUCCUUUUUUAAUCUAAUCUACUGGCUCUACUAUGUCUGAUUGGACAGUUUUCUUGUUUUAUUUAUUUCAAUUUGGUUUGGUUUACCUCCUUUUUGUCUGUGCUUUUAUACAUGCAUUGAAUCUAUCAACAUCAGACUAGAGACUCAAAGACUGAGAAAGUUCUGGACCAAGUUCUCAUCCAAUAUCUUUUUAUAUUUGCCGACUUUGAAUCUGUAUUCUUUUCUAUAGUAUGUACUGUAACUGGGACUUGUGAUAGUCAUUUCCCACAACAGAGACAAAAUGCCAGCAAUUGAUUACAUACAGUAUUUGCAAAAAAUCUAAAUAAAAUAAAUCAAGAAAGCAGUAUUCGAAUCCAAAAAAGAGAACUUUAUACCACACAGGUGAUCGGAAAAAUGCAGGCAAUUCCUAAAAAUCCAUUAAACAAAAUGUUUGAUCGGUACCUUAUGCACUAUAAAUGCAUGUAAUGAUCUUCCAAUGUGGUCAACUUUUACUGACAGUUUCUUCUUCAGGAUUAUCAUGACUCUCAGGCUUCCAGGUUUUUACUAUUCUUGGUGUCAUUUUUGGUUGAGGAGAGAAAUGGCAAAACAGCACAAGAAUGAACAACACUGCCAUUUAUUUCCAGUUCACCUUUUAAUGGCUCCUCAAGCAAACGUGGGACCCAAGUGUAUCCAAAUUGAUCAAACUGCCAAGGGGUGUCCGGGAGGCAUUGUUACCCACCCAGCAUUGACUCACAAACAGAAUAUCCGAAAAAAUGUUAAGCACUACAUGUUUCUUAUUCAGAAGCUUUUUUCCCCCAAGUAAUCUUCAUAAAUGUAUGUGUUUGUUACUCAUUUCAGUGUGCUUUUUUUUUAGUUGGAUGUCCUACAAAUUGCACAUCCAUCAUAUCUUGGGUUACUAUUGUACUCUUUGUCUUUCAAGUGUUGAUUUGAUUUCCCACUUUGUCUUGUUGCAAACAGUGAUACACUGGAGAAGUUAAUUCUGUGUAUAUUGAAAAAUGUAUAUAAUAUACAGUAUAUAAUGUGUGCACAACCCUAAAUGAAAAAAAAGAUGAUCAAAGGAGCAUUGAGUUUAUGAUUGUUAUGCUGGCUAAGACAUGUCAGUCGAUUUAGGGGGGGGGGGGGAUUCAUGUACUUUCUUCUCCACCUGAAGUUCCAGCUGAUGCAAAUGGAUUUUUAAUAGACUCCACAGUUGGACCACACAGGCUGGUUGAUGAGCACAUGCUAGCGUUGAAUGUAUCAGAUCCAUUGUUCUUCAGGUAGAGGAUAUUGAGCCAUGGUCAUAGUUUCUUUCCAUCUGAAUGUAACCCCUUAUGAUAUUGCACGUGUGCAGGGGCAUGUACACAUGCAGGAUGAGCAGGUUUGCGAGCAGCUAUUGGGGUGUUUUAGCUCGACUGCUGCAUGUAGAACUGGAUUGUGGCUUACAAUAAUCAACCACUUCCAAUUUAUGAAUGAUAAAUCUGAAACAUUGUUUUUCAUGACUGCCGGCACCCCCCACCCUUCCCCAACAAACAUUCACAUAACUUUGUGCAUGAACAUGUAUUAAAUAUGACUACUAAGAGAUACUUAAGAGUACAACUUUAAACUUGUGAUGGUCUUAAAAUAACUGAAUGUAUUGUACUUGGAUUGUUGCUGUCUGGCUACAAUUUACUUUGAGAUCAAAUAUGAAUGGGGGCGGGUGGGGUGUUGCAGUCCCCGAGCUGGUCCUGUUUUCUACUGUGUAGACAAGGCCUCAUGUAUACAUGUACAUGUGAGGUGGUUUUAAGGAAUCCUCACAUUCCCGAAGAAAGUUAACAAUAUUUGUACAUCUAUAGUAUGAAAACAGUGAAUGAAGGCUCAUACUCUAGGGCUAUUCUUUUCUUUUUUAUCAACAAGGUUAGAAAAAAAAAGGAAAGCAAGUUAAGUUAUUGUGUACUGUGCAUGCAACAACACAUUUGGAGAGACUUAGAGAGGGAGAGAAAAUGUUUUAUCCAGCCUCAUGAGAGCUAACAAAUGCCCACUCUUGCUUUGUAGCUGACUUGGAAAAGAAAGAAAAAAAAAGUCAGGCGUUGUAUGGCCUUGGUCCCAUAAUGGAAUGUGAAAUGUUCUGUGCUGCCACAAAAUGUAUUUAGUCUUAGAUUUAUAUUGUAUAUCUCUGUAUGUUUCUCUUCCUUUUUCAAAGGAUGAUUAUGUUAAAUCAUCAAAUAAAUGAUAUACAUUGUA